ACGAAAAACGUCUAACAGGAAGAGGAAGUAAUAAACAAAAAGAAAAUGCAUAUAUCGAGUUGCAUAAAGUUAAUCUUCGGCGUCAUUAUUUACUUUGCAGUAAAAAGUGCUACUCAAAACAUUUACCGCUUCAGUGAUUCGCAGACUUUAAACAAUAUGAAAGUGGCUUGGAUAAGCUUUGUAAAGUAUACAGAACGGUAUUUUAAUGGAACCUCAUUUUUGAAGCAAAUGGUGGCAAGUGUUGCAGUUUGUCAGAGAUUGUGCAUUAUCAAUGAACCUUGCAAAGCUUUUAAUUUGCUACCAAUCAGCAAUGGCUUGCAGUGUCAAUUAUUCAACAAGUCAUUGUACGGCAGUUCAUGCAGCUUGGAAAGGCAUAUGACUUCAAUUUAUUACACGAUAUCUAACCCUUGUACUAGGAUUUAUAACUUGUGUGCAGACCACCAAGAGUGUAUUCCUGAUGAGCACAUGACGAGUUACAGCUGUAAAAACAAAACUGGUCUGCAACUGCCACACUUUUGUCCAACAAAUAUAAACAUCUCUUGGUUUGUUCAUCAGGCAGCUAUUCCAACUCCAUUUUGUCAAGUAUGUGACGCAAACAAGGUUCCUGGUAAGCAACAAUCUUGUUUGUUUCCUUUUUGUUUUUGUUUGCUUGUUUUCUUUUUUGUUUUUGUUUGUUUGUUUUGCGAUAAAGCAUCAUUGCAUUUAGGGUCCUUUGUGAUUUUGAAUAUGAUUAGAGGAGAAAAUUUUCAGCGAAACUGGCAAGAUUACAAACAUGGAUUUGGUGGCAACUCCUUUUACGUUGGACAUGAACUUGUUUAUCAACUUACCACAAAAUAUCCUUGUGAGUUACAUGUUUAUAUGUCAGGGCCGGAAGGUGAAUAUGAGUUUUUCUAUGAGAAAUUUUCGAUUGACGGUGAAGACAGAGAUUACAAAGUAGAAAUCAAUGGAUUUAAAGUAGUUUCAGGAGAAGGUUUAACUGACGAAUUCUCCUAUAGCCACAACAAUAAAUUCAGCGCAUACGACCGCGGUGUUAAAAUGGAGAAAGCUAAAAAACUUGGUACAGCACUUUGGUAUCACUUAGACCUCAAAUGUAACUUUUUUUCUGGGUUUUGGAGACCUAUAACUGGUACAGAUACGUCAAGAUAUUUCACCAACGUAGUAUUAAAGUUAAAAAAGAAAGUUUGAACCGUCCCUUCCGAAAUGUCACUAAUUACAUUCCUGAGUAUUGAGGUCCACCAAACUCUUCCACCUUUAACAAGUGCAAAUCAGAACUAUUCAAUAAGCUAUAUUAGUUCUCACUUCUUUAUUAUAAAAGAAUAAUUUUUUCUCAUAUUUACAUAAUAAAAAUUUAAGAAGUAGUGACAGCUUUCCAUUAUACAGCAUUAGUCACAUUUUAUAUAAUCUCAUUUGCGUUUAGUUGUACUAGCGUUAAUCCUUAACUUUUCGAUUUUAUAGAGUAAAUUUCUGUCAUACCCGAAUUCUUUUUACGACAAAAUCAAUCAGACUAUACACAUCGAUAAAUUAUAUUUAAGCUCCUUAUUGCUAUUGUUCUAACACCCAGGGGGGUGGAACUGACAACCAUGACAGUUGAACUGGGUGGCAUAAUAGGCCAUACACACAAUGGAGAAUACUUCUUAAGAAACAGGUGUGUAGAGGGUUUAGUUUUAUUUUAAGUAUAUAAAAUGUAUUUAUGUAUAUGUAUGAUAUGAAUUGAUUGCACUGCAGAAGCGAACGUCUGCUUUUACUUUACAGCGUCGUUUUUUCAAAGAAUAUAUCUAUAUUGACAA